AUGGACUUUGAUGAGUAUGAGUACUUAGAGAAGACAGUUGAAAAUCCCCUCCUGGAAAAUGAAGCUGGAAACGGUGGGGGUGAUGAGAAAGCUAAAACUGAAGUAAAAGAGCGGAGCAGAAGCUCAAGGCAUAGGAGUGAUGAGAAGAGGGACGAAGACGAGGAUGGUCGGCGUUCUAAGCGGUCGAGAUCGCACCAUCGUUCGCGAUCUAGAGACAGAGAGAGGGAUAGGCAUAGAAGUAGCAGGGAACACAGAGACAAGGAGAGAGGAGAUAGAGAUAAAGAAGAGAGAAAUGGGAAAGAUAGAGAGAGGGAAAAAGACAAGGAUAGAGACAGUAAAGUGCGUGACCACGAAAAAGAUAGGGAGAGGGAUCGAUCACGGCGAAGCAGAAGUCGGUCAGAGAGACAUCGGAGUCAGGAAAGAGAAAAGAGCCAGGAAAUAGAAGUUAAGGAAAGAGACACCAAGGAACGUGAUAGAGAUCGCAGACGCCACAAAGAUAAAAAGGAGGAUAAGGUAGAACCUGAGGCUGAUCCUGAAAGAGACCAGAGAACAGUUUUUGCCUAUCAGAUUGCUUUGAGGGCAACUGAAAGGGAUGUUUAUGAGUUCUUCUCUAGAGCAGGAAAGGUACGAGAUGUACGGAUAAUUAUGGAUCGUAUUUCCAGGCGUUCGAGAGGAAUCGGGUAUGUGGAGUUUUAUGAUACAAUGUCAGUCCCUAUGGCUAUUGCUCUAUCUGGACAGCCUCUUCUUGGUCAGCCUGUUAUGGUAAAGCCAUCUGAAGCUGAGAAGAAUCUUGUUCAGUCAACAACUGCUGCCGCUGGAGCAGGAGGGAUGCUGGGACCCUACUCUGGGGGAGCUAGACGUCUUUAUGUUGGUAACCUGCAUGUUAACAUGUCAGAAGAUGAUCUGCGAAAGGUUUUUGAAUCAUUUGGGAGUGUGGAGCUGGUGCAAGUACCUCGCGAUGAAACUGGCCUUUGCAAAGGAUUUGGAUUUGUUCAGUUUGCUCGCCUGGAGGAUGCUAGGAAUGCACUGAAUCUGAAUGGGCAGUUGGAGAUUGCAGGUCGUGCAAUCAAGGUGUCAGCUGUAACAGAUCAAACUGAAGUCCCUGAAGGUGGACAAAUGCAAAACACUGCUGAUCUAGAUGAUGAUGAUGGAUCUCUGUCUCUGAAUGCACAAUCGCGGGCACUUCUCAUGCAGAAGCUCGAUCGCAGUGGAACUGCAUCAAGCGCUGGCCUUACUACAGUCCCAUCUAUUUACGGUGUACCUUCGAUGGUGGCUCCUCCUCUUGUACAAGGGGGUUUUCCUCCUGUUGCCGGACUUGCAGGGGCCGGUAUCAUUCUCGGUGUAAUUCCAGCUGCGCUCGACCCUGUUGGUGUCCCCAACGAAUGUCUACUGCUUAAAAACAUGUUUGAUCCAUCCACAGAGACUGAACCUGAAUUUGACCUGGACAUCAAAGAUGAUGUUACAGAAGAAUGCUCCAAAUUCGGAAACCUGAAACAUAUCUUUGUUGACAAGAACAGCGUUGGUUUUGUCUACUUGCGAUUUGAAAACGCGCAAGCAGCAGUGGAAGCACAACGUGCUCUCCAUGGAAGAUGGUUCGCCGGAAAGAUGAUUACAGCUACUUACAUGACUACAGAGACUUACGAGGCCAAAUUCCCCGAGAGCAAGUAG